UGAGGAAUUGUCCACAAGUGCCUACCGGGCCUUUACUCGAUAGUUGAUUACAGGUGCAGUAGUCGCCGCUAACACGAAUAAUUUAAGGCAUCGAUUUCUCAUCAGUCAUCCUUUGUCUGUCUUUCUUCCCUCCCACCCUCCGUGGUCGCGGUCACUGGACUGGAUAGGGCCCUUUACGCCUUACUGGGCACAUCCCUCUUCGGAGGAGCCAGAAAAGCAAAUAAGCAUGCUCUGGCGUUUUGACUCGCCGCCAGCCCGAAACAAUUCAAUCAAAGGCCAUGGAAGCCCGGGCUCGGGACCAGCGUAUCCCGCAUUUCAUGUUAACUCAUCGACGAGAGUUACUUGGCAGAUUCUUCGAUCAAGUAAAAGCAACGUACCGGACUUCUUGUGCGCUGCCGGAGGAGAACCAGCUCGCCUCGCCAGAUUGGGGUCCUACAUGUCCGUAUGGUUCCAUUUCGCCACCGGCUUUGCAGAUUUGCAGCAGCCCUCGUCAGUAUUUUACUCUGUUAAAUUUAAUUUUUUUUUUGUUCCCUCUCAGUCUUUUCGUCUCACAAUUCGCCCUCGACAUUUCUGCUGUAGCCCUAGAGAAGCUAAGGCAGCCCGCUAUGCGACCCGGCGGGCCACAUGGUCGGAGAGACUUCGUCCAAAGUUUCGACCAUGUACGCAUGUACCAGACGCGCGCGCCUUUGCUUGUGACGAUGAUGUCGUGGGCAAACCACAAGCUGGGCCCAAAACAGAAUAAAGUGUAAGUCGGUCGAUGUUCGGCGGCACGACCGGCGGCAGCACA